GCCGCCGAGAAGGAGGCUCUUGAGGCCGCCUUUGAACAGGCGAUGAAGGCGCAAGGGCAACCCAUUCCCACACCACCGCCGCAGCCACAGCAGCCACCGCAGCCGCAGCAAGGAGAGGACUUCAGGCAAUCCGUUCGGGUCUUCUCCUUCACGGGCGGCGCAGCGGAUCCGGCGGCAGGGCAGAACGCAGCUCGAGGGCAGGAGAUAGAUGAAGUCGAAGCGGCAUCUCCUGCUUUUGGUCGGCCGAUGACGCAGCCGGCUACAGCGCAGUCAAUGGCGCAGCCAAUGACGCAGCCGAUGAUGCAGCCUGCCACACAGUCUAUCUCGCAGGCUAUGAUGCAGCCAUCAGCUGGUUUGAUGCAGUCAUCAGCGGGUGCAACCACGCCACCUUUGUCGCAGCCCAAGGUUCCGACGCAGUCGACGAUGCCAAUGUCGUCCUGGCCCUCUGCAUCCGCUUCUUUGUCCAUACGUCCCGGGUCUGCUUCCCGUGGUGGCAGCGUCGAGGAGCGCUUGCAGCACAUGGAAGAACUUAUGAUCAGGUGUCACGAAAUGCAGAUGCGACGCCAUCAGGAUCUGGAGGCUCUCGUCACCCUGACAAUCCAGGAGGCGACGCAGGCCAUCAUACCGCAGCUGGUGGACCACAUGAUCGAGAGGUUAGCACAGACCAUGGAUUUCUCAGAGCUGCGGGACCAGCUGAUAGAAUCCUUCAGUGCUUCCACGGACCUUCUCCCUGUGGUGGACGAGAGAUCUGAGGCGAUCCUCACAAAGGUGCAGGAGGAGGCUCUUGUCACAAAGUCGAUCUUCUCUGACGUCUCGCGAAUGGGAAACAAGUUGGAAACGAUGGUCACAACGGUCAACGAGCUGGCUGGAAACACCAUGCCUCAAAUCGAGGACCUGUUCCUGGAUAGGUUUGAUGAGCUUCAGCGAUAUGUGGAGCUGACCAUGACUAACAUGGACUUUGCGAGGGCUGCACCAGCAAGUGGCAGUGGAGGCUACGAUGCGUCCAUGAAGGUCGACUCGGCUUGGCAAGGAAGGUCACCCGUGAAUCGCGGUCCCCCUGCGGCAAUGGACCCGAAAAGUCCCAAGCUGCCUAUGGGGCGCGGGCAAAGAAUGCCCGACGAGCCGCCAAACGUUCGCUCCACCACGUUGCCUUUGACGGUGGAUGGCCGGUCGCGGCGUCCGGAAACAGCACCAGCACCGGCCGAACGAGCCCGGAGGCUUCCAAGCCAGUCUCUAUCCCAUGGACCAGGAUCUGCAGGUCCGCGGAUGGUUACAGCCGGUAGGUCGGCGCAAGAGCCAGACGGUAAGAUGGCUUGUGGCGGUGCAAGGGGUGCCAACUCUGUGCAGGAUUGGCCGUGGCAACCUCCCAGAUCAACAACACCACCGCCGCCCCACGAGGAGGAAAUCGUCAUCCCGGCCCCUCUGCCAGUGGCUCCCACAAGGUCUCGUCCGUCGGACCUCUUCGGCGGACGGAAAGAAUGA